CUAUAGCUAUACAGAGAGAGAGAGAGAGAGAGGCAACAGCUAGCAUGGAAUGAUGGCAAUAUGAUUCAUGGACAUAUGGACGACGCGAAGGCGAUGAUCCCCCAAAUUUCACUAGGCCUUGCUGGGCGGCAAGUACCUCAACCCCCCCACACCCCACUAUAAAAGUGCGCGCCUUUCCUCCCCUGCCACCAGCUUCUUCUUCCAUCGAUCUCUUUCCUCCUCCUAUCCCUCACCUCAUCGUCGUCUUCCUCCCUCCCUCCCUCCCUCGCUCACCUGUAGCUAGCUAGCUAGCUAGCAGCUGCUAUACACACACUCACCACCAGCUCGCCGGCCAAUUGAGCCCUCCACCACCUGUAUCCAGAGAGAGAGAGAGAGAGAGAGAGAGAGAGAGAGAGAGAGAGAGAGAGAGAGAGAGAGAGAGAGAGAGAGAGUACAGAACGAAGAGCCGGCCGGCCGGCGAGGGAUCAAUCAAUAUAAUGAGCAUCUCGGUGAACGGGCAGUCGUGCGUGCCGCCGGGGUUCCGGUUCCACCCCACGGAGGAGGAGCUGCUCAACUACUACCUCCGCAAGAAGGUCGCCUCCCAGGAGAUCGACCUCGACGUCAUCCGCGACGUCGACCUCAACAAGCUCGAGCCAUGGGACAUCCAAGAGAAAUGUAAGAUCGGGUCCGGGCCGCAGAACGACUGGUACUUCUUCAGCCACAAGGACAAGAAGUACCCUACGGGGACGCGCACGAACCGCGCCACGGCGGCCGGCUUCUGGAAGGCCACCGGCCGCGACAAGGCCAUCUACAACGCCGUCAAGCGCAUCGGCAUGCGCAAGACGCUCGUCUUCUACAAGGGCCGCGCCCCGCACGGCCAGAAGUCCGACUGGAUCAUGCACGAGUACCGCCUCGACGACCCGGGAGCCGUCGUCUCCGGCGACGACGCCGCCGCCACGGUCGCCGCUGCUGCUGCCGCGUCGUCGGACGCCGGCCAGGAGGACGGCUGGGUGGUGUGCAGGGUGUUCAAGAAGAAGCACCACCACAAAGAGUCGGGAAGCGGGGGCGGCGGCAGGCACGGCAGCGGUCGAGUGGGCGACGGCGGCAAGUCGGCGGCGGCGGCGCACCGCGGCCUGCAGUACUCCUCCAGCGACGACACGCUCGACCAGAUCCUGCAGUACAUGGGCAGGUCGUUCAAGCAGGAGCACGAGCAGGUCCUCUCGCCGCAGGGCGGCGGCGCGGGGCCGAGGUACCUCCGGCCCAUCGAUACCGUGCUGGGCGGGCACGGGUUCAUGAAGCUGCCCCCGCUGGAGAGCCCGUCGGCGGCCGCGCUGACGCCGCACCUCUCGGCAGCCGGCGACGCGGAGGCGGCGUCCGCCGGGGACGACCUCCUCCACGGCGCCGGGACGGCGAACGGGAUCACAGACUGGGCCAUGAUGGACCGGCUGGUGGCGUCGCACCUCAACGGGCAGGCGGCCGACCCCGCCGCGCCGCCGGCGAGCCACCACCAGCUCUGCUUCGACGACGGCCCCGGCGCCGACGACGACGCGGACGGGCUCGCCUUCUACGCCGCCGCCACCACGAGGCUCCACGCCGGUGGCGGCUCCAGCGACGACGACCUGUGGAGCUUCACGCGGUCGUCGGCUCGGCCGGGCGCUGCCACGUCGACGGAGCGGCUGAGCCACGUGUCGCUGUAGCCGUCCGGCCGUCGCCGGCCGGCCUAGCUACUAUAUAUACAUACGUAAAGCCCCCCACUAGCUAGCUACAACGUGACAUGGCCAGCAGCUGCAUGCUGCCCUGCUGUGCCUUGGUACAGUAAAGAGACAAGCAACACCAACAACACCAAGAAAAAGGAAAAGGGAAGAAAAUAAGUGAAAGAUCUCUAGAGAGAGAGAGAGAGUGAUUUCAAAGGUGAUUAGAGCGAUGAGAGAGAAAGGAGCUGAUGAGCAGAAAGGAAUGGGCGAUUGAUGAUAGCAGGGGUAAAGGUGGCGGGUAAGUUGGAGUGGCACUGUCAAACGCUGCUGCUGCCUCGAUCUCUCGUUUGAUCAGCUCCUUGAAUUGCAUUGUCGAUCUGAUCUGCUUAAUUAACCCCCCGGAUUAUGGUUGUAAUCACAACAUUAAUAGCAAGACUGUUACUUAUAACUAGAUCGAUCGAUACAACAUAAUUAGUACCUGUCACUGUAUUAUUGCUAUGCUAGCUAAUAAUCGUCGUCCAUAUAAUCAAUUACUAGAAGGAGAGAGAGAGAGAGAGAGAGAGAGAGAGAGAGAGGUGAUUUGGUAAUUUACUACACUGCAUGCCCCCCAGACAGAUAGAGAAUACGUACAGGUAUUGUAUUUGUAUCUAUAUACAUGCAUAUAUACUACUCCUUUAUUAUUA